UCAUGACUCAUUAGAGAGUCCCCAUAUAAGCUCUACAAUUCCCAUACAAAUUAGGCCUUUAAAACGUCUCUAAUUAGGUGAAACCCUUUUCCUCCUUUUCCCUUUUUCUUCUCUCUUUUUCCCCCUCCCAUAUAAAUCUCUCUCUUUAAAGCACAAUUCCUCUCCUCUCCGUUUUGCCGCCAUCACUUCUCCUUUCCCUUCGUUCAAAACUUCUUCAAAUUCCCUUUUCUUAACCCCUUGUAUUCGUCAUAUUCUCUCAAGAAAAUACCACUAAGAAAGACCCUUUUCCCCCUUUCCGUUUAUUCUCUAAUUUUUCUUGAUUUCUAGCUCUUUAGCACCCAAGAAAAAAAAAAAGGUCCAAUUCUUGCUCAAGAAUCAGUCUCCGAACCAAAGAAUUUGUUCCCACUUGAGAAAAAUUUCACCUUUUUUGGGUUUUUUUUUUUCCAACAUGGGUUUUUCCAAGAAGCAUCAAGUGGAAGUGAGCAAAGAAUCAGAAGGCAAAAAAUGGGUGAUAGCCGGAAUUGCAGUGAGGGCUCCUCUAAAACCAAUAUCCACGAGGGCUACUAGAGAGGAGUGCUCUGAAAAUGAAGAUGAGUGCUCCACAACCCCGACGGCGCGUGAAUCAAAGAUACCGGAAAAGUUGUCCUGCCCGCCGGCUCCAAGGAAGCGCCGCCCCACUUCAACAUGCCAUUUUAAUGGAGUGAGGGAGUUCUUUAAUCCUCCGGACUUGGAGUCAGUAUUUAUAUGCCAUGCUGAAAGAGCCAACUGAUGAGAGUUUAAGGUUUUACUGAGGAGUUUAAGGUCAAGAAGUAGUACUCCUCUUGUUUUCUAUUUCUAUUACUUUUGUUUUUUUGGGAUUUUCUUGGGUUUUAAGUUAGCAGUUUGUUGUUAGAAGUUAUGAGUGUUAGUAGUUUGGUAGUAGCUUUAGGCUUUGAUGAUGAUAGUAAUAAUAAUAAUAAUAAUAGUGUAAUGUAUAAAUACAAUAGUUAUCUGAAUGAAUCUUCUGCUCUUAUUACAACACAAAAAUGUCUACAUU